AGGUAGUAAGUUGUAACGUCGCUCGGAUGCGCCCCAUCCUACAUGGGAAAACUGCGGGACUCGGAUUGCCAAUGGGCGUUGCCGCAGCAAAUCCUGCGGCAUACUAGGCCCGGGACAUUCCGCAAAUAGCCGGGCUGAUUUUAACGUUCCUUUGUCCCAUGGCCAGCAACUGAGGACGCAACCGCGAUGUCACCAACUUCAACGACUUCAUAAAGGAUCUUCUUUCUUCGAGUGGCCGCAGUGGCACCUCUAUACCUGACUCUCCGCGGCUCAAGCAUUCGAUUCAAGGUAGUAACCAGGGAGCCUGAGGUCAAACGUCCAUGUACUGCCUAAACACUCUCCAGUAGGCUCGCUAUGGAUAGUCCAGCACUACCUUUCGACAUCCUCUUACUGAUCGUCGAGAUGUCGCCGCGUCAAACAGCAGCGGAGAUGACACUGACGUGCCGCACGCUCCGCGACGGCGGCGCUAGGUUCCUCUUGCAGGGUGUUGUGUCCGUGACGAGAGGACCAAGCGUGAAAUCUCUCUUGCUAUUCCUUUACUCCGAUCCUCAAGAUCGAUUCAAGUACUUACGCUCCCUCGAGGUCGCGACCGGAUCCCUCCCUCCGAAGGCGGUGGACGCACUGCUAGGGUUGCUCAGCCACCCUUUGCUGUCUCUUGACUCACUAAUCCUGCGGGAGGCAGACAAACUGCUUAACUCAAAACCAACACCAUCCUCGCAUCACGCACUAUCGCUCUUGAGUGCUUUCUCCGCAUUGACAACCCUACGACACCUCACAGUCGAACAGUGCGAUGACAAAACCUGCAUUCUGCUCAGCACAAUCCAGGCACCUCUAUUGACGAUCUCCGUCGACUUCACGCCUCUGACGGAUUGGCACGUUCCUGAGGACGCUGAACAUCGGAACCCUGUUGUCCUCCUCGCGAACAUCUCCGAAACGCUGGAAGAGCUUUCCGGGUCCAACUUCGCUAUCCACCCCGAUCGCCUCAUGUAUGACGUCGUCUAUCCCUCAGUGCGCACGAUCCACGCGACGUCUGUCGACGAGUCGAUGCCCGCGACGCUCGCAUACGUCGCGGCGUUUCCCAACGUAGCACAUCUCUCCUUCACGUCGCCUCUCAAUGACGCCGCUGCCCGGUCAGAGAGCUUCCCUGCUCGGCUGUCCGUAUUGCGCGCAGCGAACAAGGAGGCGCAGCGAGCGUUUGGACGGACAUGGAAGUGCCUCGAGGAAGUGACGGGGAACGUCUUCGAUGUCUUCGCGUUGGGCCUAGCGUGCCAUGUCCCCAGAUUGCGGAUUAUAGGCGACGUCUCGGCCAAGUUGCUCCCAUACGUGAGGGACGCGCUCGAGGAUACUCUGCCUACAAGCCUCGCUGUCACCAUCGCAGGGGCGACCAUGUUUGCGGACGGUACAGUAGCGAAUUUGCUGCGGGCGGUGUGUGCGCAACAGGUGCAUGAAUUGGAGCUGGAGCUCUCUUUCUCUCCAUCCGAGGGCGAUAUAGAGAUUCAGGCAGUGCUGAACGAUGUGCUCAGGACACUUGGCGUGCUUUCCCUCCGUCGUCUCGUGUUCACUAUCGACUACGGUCUCCUAACCGGGCCCAAUGCGUCCCAUCGAUCGCUGUACGGCUGGUUCUGCCCUGCGGAGAAACAGCUUGAUGGCCUGGAUAUGGACGCAGUCGCGGAGCUCUUCCGUGCUGCGCUCCCAUCCUUGGUGGAUGUCGAUGUGCACCGCUCGAAAGACCGUACGGGUCACGAGCACAGAUUGGGGCCGGUCGGGGACGAAGACCUCGCGGCCUUUUCGGACAACGAGGGGGGCUCUGUAGGUCUGGAUGAUGGGUUGGGGCAUCUAUUGAUGGAGGAAGACGAUGAUGGUUGGUGAUGCCGGUGGGUCCAAACCAAUGAAACGCGCCGGAAAGUAGGGGAAUAUGCGAGCGUAUUGACCUGCCAUGACUUCACGGUCUCGAAUGCACUUCCGCGGAUACGAUACAAACAGACUCAAGAUUGCUCUCAGUUCUAUGGGAACCCCCAUGACUCGCCCGGAGAUGCUAUUUAUCUUGAUUCGCACUGUUGAAGAGUUGUUAUAGCU